AUGCCGAGCGUCGGCGUCAAGAUCUACAGCGUCUUCUUCAAGCUCUUCCUCCGCCACCGCCUCCAGUCGCUGGCCGCCGCCGCCGCCGCGGGGGACCUCGACAACGCGGCCUUCGGGGUCUCCUGCCGCCCCGACGAGGCCACCGCGCCGCCCAACCCGGCCUUCUCCGCCUCCGCCGAUGGCGUCGCCUCCAAGGACCUCCACAUCGACCCCAACUCCUCCCUCUCCGUCCGCAUCUUCCUCCCCACGCCCCCGCCGCCGUCCCCGCACGCGCACCUCCUCUCGCACGCGCCCUCGCGCCGCGCCAGUGACCCCACCCCGACGCCCCCCGCGCCCGCCGCCGGCGCGCCGUACCGAGGGUACCUCCCGCACGCCGUCGCCUCGCCGCGCGCCGCCGCGUCGGCGCGCCGGAGGCUGCCCAUCGUCGUGCAGUUCCACGGCGGCGGCUUCGUCACCGGGAGCAACACCGCCACGGCCAACGACGCCUUCUGCAGGAGGGUCGCCAAGCUCUGCGAUGCCAUUGUCGUCGCCGUGGGGUACAGGCUUGCGCCAGAGAGCCGAUACCCUGCCGCGUUCGAGGACGGGGUCAAGGUGCUCAAGUGGAUCGCCAAGCAGGCCAAUCUAGCCAUGAUGACCAAGGUCAGGGGUGGUGUCGACACCUUCGGUGCAUCCACUGUUGAGCCAUGGAUUGCUGCACAUGGUGAUCCAGCUAGAUGUGUUCUACUUGGUGCAAGCUGUGGUGCAAAUAUUGCUGAUUAUGUCACUCGGAAGGUGGUCGAAGAUGGGAAACCAUUUGACCCAGUUAAGGUUGUUGCACAAGUUCUGAUGUAUCCCUUUUUCAUAGGGAGUGUUCCGACACACUCGGAAAUAAGGCUUGCGAACUCAUACUUCUAUGACAAGUCCACAUGUUUACUUGCUUGGAGAUUAUUUUUGUCAGAGAAAGAGUUCAACCUAGACCACCCUGCUGCCAACCCUCUGGCGCCUGGCAGAGGAGGUCCCCCAUUGAAGUGCAUGCCGCCGACCUUGACAGUUAUUGCCGAGCAUGACUGGAUGAGGGAUCGAGCAAUUGCUUACUCUGAGGAACUCCGCAAGGUUAAUGUUGACUCGCCGGUUCUUGACUACAAGGAUACAGUUCACGAGUUUGCAACCCUGGAUGUGUUCCUAAAAACACCACAGGCACAGGCCUGUGCCGAGGAUAUUGCCAUAUGGAUGAAGAAAUAUAUCUCCCUCCGAGGGCACGAGUUCUCAUAUUAG